CGGAACCAAUCGGUGUUCGUCGGAAAAUUCUGGAAAUUUUCUUCGCUAACCAAAAAAUCGUUUAACAUCCCCUCAUCUGGGUUUGCUUCAGUCACCAUCCUGUGACAUAACAUUCUUUAGGUUCCAAUCGUCACAGCCAAUAGCAAAGAUGAAGUAUAAACUAUAUCUAUCGUCUGUAUGUGGGAAUAAUAAGAUGAGGGCCCAACAGACAAAAUUCAUCUAUGUGUUGGAGUCUCGGAAUCUAGAUUUAGAUAUGAUUGACAUUGCACACAGUGAAACGGACAAGGCGAAGAUGCGAGAGGUUGGUAAAGCUGCAGAAGAAGGAUCAGUGGUGCUACCACCUCAAUUAUUAGAUGGUGAUGACAACUAUUUAGCGAAUUUUGACGAGUUUGAGGCUGCAGUGGAGAACAAUGAAUUAGAAGCAUUACUUAAACUCCCGAUACCAGAGAAGAAAAAGAAAAAGGCUGCGCUAAUAGAAGAGGCGGCGAAGAAGGAUGAAGACCAGAAAGAAGAAGCUGAAAAAGAGGGUGAAGGAGAGGAGAAGACAGAUGAGGAAAAAGAGGUGACCGACGGAGAGGAUGCUGAGAAGAAGGAAGGCGAGGAGGGUGAAGCCAAGGAAGAGAAAGAAAAAGAAGGAGAAGAGACUGAGGCUAAGGAAGGGGAAGAGGAAGAGAAGGAAAAGAAAGAGGAUGAAGAGAAAAAGGAAGGAGCAGAAAAAGAGGAAAAGAAAGAGGAAGAUGGAAAGAAAGAGGAGGAAGAGGAGAAGAGUGACAAAGAAGAACAAGAAGCAGAGAAAUCCAAGCUGUCAACAACACCGUCCUUGAAAAAAUUAUCUCGGACUUACGAUUCGGAUGAAGACGAAGCCCCUGCUUGGGGCUCCGAUGAUAAAGAUGAAGACAAGAAAGAAGAAAAGAAAGAAGAUGAUAAAAAAGAGGAGUCCUCAUUAGCAGCCACGCCUUCUUUGAAGAAGUUGUCACGAACUUAUGAUUCCGAUGAAGAUGAAUCACCUGCUUGGGGCUCUGAUGACAAAGAUGAAGAUAAGAAAGAAGAAGAUAAAAAGGAAGACAAAGAAGAAAGUAAAAAAGAGGAGUCUUCAUUAGCUGCCACGCCUUCCUUGAAAAAAUUAUCCCGAACAUAUGAUUCAGAUGAAGACGAAGCGCCUGCUUGGGGUUCCGAUGAUAAAGAUGAAGAUAAGAAAGAAGAUGAUGAGAAGGAAGUCAAAGAAGGAGACAAAAAAGAGGAGUCUUCCUUAGCAGCCACGCCUUCUUUGAAGAAUUUGUCAAAAACGUAUGAUUCUGAUGAAGAUGACAAACCUGCUUGGGGUUCAGAUGAUAAAGAUGAAGACAAAAAAGAGGAAGCUAAAGAAGAAGAAGAAGAAGAUGAUGAUGAUGAUGAUGAUGCUUGGUUUGCCAAGAGGAAGAAACAAAAAGAAGAGGAAGAAAAAAAGAAGGAAGAGGAGAAGCCUGAAGAAGAAGAAGAUGAUGAUGAUGAUGCUUGGUUUGCCAAGAGGAAGAAGGAGAAAAAGACUUACGAUAGUGAUGAGGAGAAGCCUGCGUGGGGUUCUGAUGACAAGGAUGAUAAAGAGGAAGAAGAGAAGAAGAAAAAAGAAGAGGACGAAAAGAAGAAAAAGGAAGAAGAGGCUGAGAAGAAGAAAAAAGAGGAAGAAGAGGCUGAGAAGAAGAAAAAGGAGGAAGAAGAAGCAAAGAAGAAAGAUGAGGAAGAAGAUGAUGAUGAUGAUGGCUUUUUUGCUAGACGGAAGAAAGCUAAGAAACCAUGGGAAGACGAUGACGAGGGUGGAUUUUUUGGAUGAAGUGGAGACAUAUGCUCAGAGUUAGGGUUGAGGACUAAACAUGUUCGAUGGUCUUCCUCGAUCCGAUGAAUGGAAGGCUUCCAAGUACCGUCAUAAAAAGAUGCUCGUUGUCGCCAAGAUUCGUCUCGCUCAAAGUUGAUUUCUACACAACAAAAUCCAUGUCGCAGCAAAAGAACUUAGACGCUUCAUUCAGCUUUGAAAGAAAUUGAUUGUGAUGAAUUUCUGCUCUUUAUACCCGGUCGUGAAAUCUUGCUUCUUUAUGAGAGUGGGAUUGUUGGAGAUCAAGAUUUUAGGUUAGGGUACAUGUACCAAUGUAGAAAAGGUUAAGAAACACUGUUAAUGCAAGCUUGACCCACCCUGUGUCUGAUAACGUAUUUGUUGAUGGUCUUUCAAAAUGCUUGCAUAUCUUGUAAUCAAAAGCGUGCAUACUAUUUAGGUAUUAUUUGAGAUUUAGUGUGAAAAACAAUCGAUAUAAUGGAUGACAUAAUCAAGAGAAAAAUAUAACUUGCAUAAAGGUUAAGGUAGUAAAGUUUGUGGACCCACUUUUGUUUCCUCCUAAUUCAGCCUUGCAUGCCAUUGGAAAUUUGUAAUAGCUAUCUUCAUCUAGCUGCAGACAACAACUUGAAAUACUCAGACGUAGACCUGAUUCAUACAACAAUAUCGCCAGAUAUAUCUGAACUACUAUUGAGAACUUGAAAUCUGGCAAUUAGGGCAAUGUGUUUGUUGCAUUUUUGGCUGGCUGGUUUUCUGCUGACCACUUCUUUCACCAGACUAGAGAUAAUAUGGCCAAGAAACUUAACUACGUAUUUCGAAAUUACAUACUUUAAGUUGUAAGUUGAGUGGGUGAAUUCAUACAUGUACUUUCAAAAGAACUUUUACUGUUUCAUUCAAAAGAAUUUUUAGGAGAAGAAACCUAUCAAAAGCUUUCACUUACAACACCAACAGGAAGCUUUCUCAGUGACCUUGUGCAGGGCUCACAGAUUUAGACGUUGGGAGAGGCAUCAAAGGGUUGAUAUACAUUCAAGUUGACCACCCUGACCUCAACUGAGCACAAUGGCCUUGGCCUGUUCAUUUAUAAUGAAAUCUAGAUGAUUUCCCAAUUAUACCUUUUCAGCGAAUCCCAUUUAGGUAGCGUUAGUGCCAUAGUUUAUCUUUUAGUUUACAUCACUUGUUGCAUUGUUUUGUCCAGUAUUGUCCUUCGAUAUGAUUUGAAGAGUCCUGAUUUAUAACUCAUGAAGUGCAAAUAAGAAAUGAUAAUGUGUUCAAGUUCAGUCAAUUGGUGCCACCUGGUGUUAGAGUUAUGAAUGAGUUGUUAUUCCAAUGGUUCUCUUUCAAAUUUGCUAUAUUAUGUGUUCUUCAGCUUGAUAAAACAAAAUAAAUGAUUGUAGAUUGUUGCAAAUCUGGCUUUUCAAGAGUAUUUGGCUGAGAGCUUCACAAUAAGUAAACUACACUAUUUUGUAUCUUAGUGAUCACUGCCUAUUAUAGUUAAGAUUUAAAAUAUCAGCAGUUUGAACAGCUUUAUACAUAUUUCUUGUUUUUAAUUUGAUAUUGCUUCUUGUUAUUAUUUCCGAAGAUUGGUUUUUGCCUGAUUUGUCUUCCUGAGUUGCUGAACUUAAAACAGUUUCAAAUUCAAGUUUCUCUGAAAAACUCAAAUCAAGGGAUAUUUAAAGGAAGGAUUAUUGUGUUCCAACAAAAGAAUUGGUGUCAUCCUCCCUUCAUUCAACCAAGUAGGGUUGAAGGACAUAUCAUCUGGAACUAAAUGAUUCCCAGGUGACCACAAUGUCCCCAGGACAUUUCUUAUCAUGAAAUAUUGAUUACUGCCUGUAUGUUUGUUAUCCCUAGGUGUGAUUAUUGUUAGGUUCCCAUUAAUGCUGCUCUACCUGUUUCUACUAACUUAUCUAGUGUAAUAUAUAAAACUUUUUU